AGUAGCCCUCGCGCCCUCGGCGGGGUCUGUGCCCGGGCCUUCGGGGCGGGGGCCUCCGGCCCCCAGUCUCCUUCCCGAGGUGUCCGUCGGUCCGUCGGUCCGUGCGUCCGGCGAGCUCGGCCUGCCCGGCUGGGAAGGGCGGCCGGGCCCGGGCCUCCCUCCCCGGACUCGGGAGCCGCCGCUGCAGGUACCAGCCACAUCCUCCUUCUUUUAGUUCCUUGACCAUAAGACUAAGUCCGCGUGUCCCAGACCAUCCGUGUUUCACACCCCGUGCUCUGCCUCGAGGGACGGUGAGCUCCCUGAGGACAGGACCCAAACCUGCCUGUUGUCUCUGUGGCACCACUGUGUCUACAGGACAGACACUUGGUGGGCCCUCAGGCUUAGCACGCGGACUCUGCCGUAGUCGGCCGUGAGCAAGAGAGACACAGCUCUGCUGAGUGGUGCUGGCCUUCCACCAGAAACGAGCGUGGUUUACUGACCGUCAUUUAACGUGCUCAAGAGUGCUUCGCGAGCCGGGACCGUAGGGGACCCAGCGGAGGCGACCGGAUGCAGACUUGAGGCACUCAACUUGCCCAGACCGCGGACUGAAGUCUUGGCAGUUAGGACGCCGGAGUCUGCGUCCGUGGACUUUCAACCCUGUUGGCGGUGGGUGAUUGUCGGAGGAACCCGAUGUAGGAUGCCGGCUGCUUGAGCUCCCUCUCGGACGAGAUGGAAGAAGAAGAGCUGGAAGGUCCCAACUCUGCGUCCGAGAAGCGCUAUUUCCCAGAAUCCCUUGAUUCCAGCGAUGGGGAUGAGGAGGGGAUUUUGGCCUGCGAGGACUUGGAACUUAACCCUUUUGAUGGAUUGCCUUAUUCGUCACGUUAUUACAAACUUCUAAAAGAAAGAGAGGAUCUUCCAAUAUGGAAAGAAAAAUACUCCUUUAUGGAGAACCUGCUUCAAAAUCAAAUUGUGAUCGUUUCAGGAGAUGCUAAAUGCGGCAAGAGCUCUCAGGUUCCCCAGUGGUGCGCCGAGUACUGCCUGUCCGUCCGCUACCAGCACGGGGGCGUGGUGUGCACGCAGGUCCGCCCCCAGAGCGCCGUGCAGCUCGCUCUGCGGGUGGCAGACGAGAUGGACGUCAACAUCGGGCACGAAGUCGGCUACGUGAUCCCCUUUGAAAACUGCUGCGCCAGCGAGACCAUCCUGAGGUACUGCACCGAUGGCAUGUUGCAGAGGGAGAUGAUGUCCAGUCCGUUUCUGGGUAGCUACGGGGUCAUCAUCUUAGACGACGUCCACGAAAGAAGCAUUGCCACGGAUGUGUUACUUGGCCUUCUUAAGGACGUUUUAAUGGCGAGACCCGAACUGAAGCUUGUAAUUAACUCCUCCCCUCACCUGAUCAGCAAACUCAUUUCUUACUACGGAAACGUGCCUCUCAUAGAAGUGAAGAAGCAGCACCCCGUGGAGGUUGUGUACCUGAGCGGGGCCCAGAAGGAGUCUUUUGAGUCCAUUUUACGCCUUAUCUUUGAAAUUCACCAGUCCGGUGAGAAGGGAGACAUUGUGGUCUUUCUGGCCUGUGAACAAGAUAUUGAAAAGGCCUAUGAAAUUGUCUGUCAAGAAGGAUCUAACUUGAACCCAGAUCUAGGGGAGCUGGUGGUGGUUCCUCUGUACCCAGAAGAGAAAUGUGCAUUGUUCAAGCCAAAUGAGGAAACAGAAAAAAGAUGCCAAGUGUAUCAGAGGAGAGUGGUGCUAACCACUAGCUCCGGAGAGUCUUUGAUCUGGAGUAACACAGUCAAAUUUGUCAUCGACGUGGGUGUGGAAAGGAGAAAGGUGUACAACCCUAGAAUCAGAGCGAACUCACUCGUCACGCAGCCCAUCAGCCAAAGCCAAGCGGAGAUACGCAAGCAGAUUGUCGGUUCGUCUUCUCCAGGAAAACUCUUCCGUCUGUACUCUGAGGAGUUCGCCUCCAAAGACAUGCGGCCGCUCAAGCCAGCUGAGAUGCAGGAGGCGAACCUGACCAGCAUGGUGCUGUUCGUGAAGAGAAUAGACAUCGCGGGCUUAGGCCACUGUGACUUCAUCAACAGACCAGCGCCGGAAAGUCUGAUGCAGGCUCUGGAAGACUUGGACUACCUGGCGGCGCUGGACAAUGACGGGAAUCUCUCGGAGUUUGGGAUCAUCAUGUCGGAGUUUCCUCUUGACCCCCAACUCUCAAAGUCGAUCUUAGCGUCCUGUGAAUUCGACUGUGUAGAGGAGAUGCUGACGAUCGCCGCCAUGGUGACAGCUCCCAAUUGCUUUUCUAAUCUGCCGCGUGGAGCUGAGGAGGCUGCCUUGACUUGUUGGAAGACAUUUUUACAUCCUGAAGGAGAUCACUUUACCCUCAUCAACAUUUACAAGGCCUACCAGGACACGGCUCUGAAUUCCACCAGUGAACACUGUGUUGAAAAGUGGUGUCACGACCACUUCCUCAACUGCUGCGCACUCAGGAUGGCAGACGUCAUCCGAGCUGAACUCUUAGAAAUUGUCAAGCGAAUCGAGCUUCCCUGCGCAGAACCUGCUUUUGGCUCCAAGGAAAACGCUCUGAACAUAAAGAAAGCUCUUCUGUCCGGCUACUUCAUGCAGAUUGCUCGGGAUGUGGACGGAUCGGGUAACUACCUGAUGCUGACCCACAAGCAGGUUGCCCAGCUGCACCCCCGGUCCGGUUACUCCAUCACCAAGAAGAUGCCCGAGUGGGUUCUCUUCCACAAGUUCAGCAUAGCAGAGAACAACUACAUCAGGAUUACCUCAGAAAUCUCUCCCGAACUAUUUAUGCAACUGGCACCACAAUACUAUUUCAGUAACCUGCCUCCCAGUGAGAGUAAGGAUAUUCUACACCAGGUGAUGGAUCACCUAUCACCCAUGUCAACCAUGAAGAAGGAACAGAACGUGUGUGAGAAGUGCCCGGAAACCGCGGAGCAAAGGUGCGCCUUGCAGUGACUCAUCUGCACCUUCCCCUUAGAGCGUGCUGUGCAGCCAGUACCCCAGCCGGGCCGCACGGCUGAUCCACGGGAGCAAGGUGAGGACCUUCAACUUGAAUACGGACAUCAUACCCCACACAAGAGAGUCUCGAAAAGAGUUACACUUUGUACAUUAUUUAAAAAUAAAAAAUGGAAGUUUUUAUUGAGUUCUUUAAA